UUCCGAGUUCUGGACGAUCUGGCAGCGCUAUCACUGAGUGUGUGAGUUCUUUUUUUGCUGGUUUACUUGAUGAAAGUGCUGCUCGUUAUACCACUGCGGACCAAAUAAGUUACAAAACUCUGUAGUCUUGCCAAAGAUUGUCGCCGCGAGCCAGUACAUUGGUUUUCAGGAUCGCGGAAAGGAUCAUUAACGCAUAUUCGGAGUGCGAUUCCAAGAGUUGACAAACUCACACACGCAAAGUGCGUGCGUGUGUGUGUCUGUGUCUCCGCGCGUGCCUCAGUGUGUGUGUUGUGUGUAAUUGUGUGUGUGUUCGAGUGUGUCGUCGUAGCUGAAGAAGAAGAGCCAGCCGCACUGAAGAAAAGGAGCAGCAGCACCAGGAAUAUAUUUUAUUUUUUUUUUUUGUGGCAUUUGCCGGAAAAGAACGGAACAAGGUUGUGCGAAAAAAAAAAAACGGCCAAGAUGCAGCAACAGCAGGAGUCUGGGGGCGAGGAGAGCUGGCUGGAGGAGCAAUACCAUCGCGAGAUCCAUGGCCAGCAAGAUGAAUACGAACGGGAGUAUGUGCGUCAGCGGGACAACAAUCUGAGCACCGUCUAUGGAGCAUUCCAGGAUUCGGCCACGGCCGUUGCCCAGCUUUACAGAGAGCGCUCAUCGAACACAUUUUCCUCAGAUACAGGCGCCCUUUGGCUACCCUUCCAGACCGCAGCUGGCACUGUGACAACUCUCUAUAAAGAAUCAUGUGAUGGUCUCAAACGCACCAGCGAUGCCGCCAUUCAGUGUGGCUACCAAAGACGCACACGCGAACUGGCCGAUUGGGCGCGCAGCAAAAAACGCCGAAUGAUACGACGCGAGGAUCUGUUGGCCUAUCUGGCAGGAAAGCCUCUACCGCCGUCCAACGCCAAUCCACAUGCCAAUCGUCGCUCACCGAAGCCGGAACACCAUCAGAGUGGUAGCGGUGGUUCUGGCUUAGGAUUCCAUAGUUCAGGAUUGGGUCUGGCCGGUGGCCCCCCGACCGUAACUGGAGGACAAUCACAUUUAUUGUCCGCUGGUGCUGGAGGUGGGGGCGGUGGUCAGACAGGUGGAGCCGCUGGCGCCGGUGGUAUCGGUGAUGAUUUGCACACAUUUAAGGAGGCCUUGGUUCUGCGUCCACGUGGCCCAGAGCUGUUUGCAUUUGUUGCCAAUGAAAUAGCGCGCCAUUGCAAGCGUCCCGGCAGUCCCAUCGACGACAAAAUGGACAUAUGCCACUAUAAUAGUAAACGUCAGCGCUUCAUGUAAUCCAAUGGAAACCAAUAUAUAUAUAUAUAUAUAUGUAAUACCGAUGCCCCUGCCACCAUCAUCAACCAAACGGGCCGCUAAGGAUGUGUUAU